AGUCACGGUCUCGCACUGAGCACCACCAAACACAAAAAGCUGAUCCAGACUGAACUUUACCUUCCCUAGCUCCCACACACUUCCGACUCCCUAGUCCAACAACAUCCAUGGCGGUAACUUCCACAUCACUCGCUUCUCAACUCUCCAUUGGUCUCCGCCGCCAACCUUCCCCCAAGUUCGAUUCCCUCUCUUCCCAAUCUCUCUCCUUCGAUCCAAAUAUUCGCUUAUCUGUCUCUUCCCCCAAACCCUCCCGCACCGUUAUCGCCAUGGCUGGUUCCGGAAAGUUCUUUGUUGGUGGCAAUUGGAAGUGUAAUGGAACAAAAGACUCCAUCAGCAAGCUUAUCGCUGACUUGAACAAUGCAAAAUUGGAGCCUGAUGUUGAUGUUGUCGUUGCACCUCCCUUUGUGUACAUCGAUCAGGUGAAAACCUCACUUACAGAUAGGAUUGAAGUAUCUGCCCAGAAUUCUUGGGUGGGAAAAGGUGGUGCUUUCACUGGAGAAAUCAGUGUAGAACAACUGAAAGACCUUGGAUGCAAGUGGGUUAUUCUUGGACAUUCUGAGCGAAGGCAUGUUAUUGGAGAAAAGGAUGAGUUUAUAGGAAAGAAAGCUGCAUAUGCUUUGAGCGAGGGUCUUGGAGUGAUUGCAUGCAUUGGGGAAUUGUUGGAAGAAAGAGAAGCUGGGAAAACUUUUGAUGUCUGUUUCCAACAAUUGAAGGCUUAUGCAGAUGCGGUGCCUAGUUGGGAUAAUAUUGUUAUUGCAUAUGAACCUGUAUGGGCCAUUGGAACUGGCAAAGUGGCCUCUCCCGAGCAAGCUCAAGAAGUGCAUAUAGCUCUUCGUGAUUGGCUUAAAAAUAAUGUCUCAGCUGAGGUUGCAUCUAAAACACGAAUUAUUUAUGGAGGAUCUGUAAAUGGAGGGAACAGUGCAGAGCUUGCAAAGAAAGAAGAUAUUGAUGGAUUUCUUGUUGGUGGUGCUUCAUUAAAGGGUCCUGAGUUUGCCACCAUUGUCAAUUCAGUGACAUCCAAGAAAGUCGCGGCUUGAUUACUUAUUGUGGUUUUGGCAAUAUGAGAGCAUUAAGGAAGGUGGGAAUAAUAUUAUGUGUACUAUAAGAGUUUGGUCUUUGAUUCAUCCAUUUAUAAUUUUCUUUGCAAUCAAUAGGAGAAUCAUCCUCUCAGUUUUCUAAAGAACCUGUGUUUUAUGGUAUAGCAUUUAGAGAUACAAAGAAUGUUAAAGGCAAUAAAUGUUUCUGAAUUAUUGUUGUUUUUCAUAAUUCACGUCUAUAUUAAGAAAUCUUGGUCU